AUGUGUCUCGAUAUCUACCACGAUUACCAGGAGUGUGGGCACCAUAGGUAUGUCCGCACUUAUACUUGCUGGCAAGAUCGUUGGGAGAUGUUCUGCCCAUGCUUGUCCUUUCAUGGGGUGAUCCCCUAUAAGAACAUGCACAGCAGUACUGAGAAUCGGCAGGUCCGAUUAGGUUCGUGCCCUAACUGUGAGGCAUCGAAAAAGAAGAGGGAAAGGAGGGAUUAUGGGGGGUUUACUGCUCAGCAAACCCAUGGUGCUGGAGCCUCCCAUGGGAGAGGACAGUUGCAGACAACACAGCCAACCGGGGGUCAUCAGGAGUUGAGGGUGCCCGAGAGAGCCCACCAGCCCGGGGCAUAUAGACAAGAGCCUCGUAUGCACAUGGCUUCCCAAUCGAGGCCCUCUGAUCGGGUAUACACCAGUCCGCCAGGUGUAUACAUCCCGCACCACUCUCCGGCACCAAGCCAAGGUGCAAGACAGGUAGGUUCUUCAUCUAGAGGAAUAGAGCUAACAGAUAUGCAGCCCCGAAGACAGUAUAGUGAUCCUCACGCAAGCUCCUCCAAGCGCGAACGUGCCGUUCGCGGUCAACAAGUAGGAAACAAAGUAAUCGUGGACAAGGGCGUUCCUCUCCCACCCCAGGGACAAUAUAAGACGCCUGAUACUAGCAGAUCUAGGACCGUACGCAAUAGUCCGAGAAGAGUCGGCAGUGUGCGGGAUCGCGUUGAUCGGUCUCACACCGUUUCUCCUCUGACUGAGGAUGAGAGGAAUGCUCCUUAUGUGGAGAUUCCGUCCCAUGACGAGUAUGCUGGUUGGGUAUAA